AUGGCACAGUCCGUGGUACCUGGAAAGCGGCCGGCUGAGCCGCUAGUCUCUGCAUACUCCUCGACAUGCGCCCAGGACCAUCUCCGACCUUUUCGACCGGUUAUCACUCACCCGCUGGAACCCCGCGGAGCCGACCAGGCCACCACGAUGAACCAAAACAACCAACCCGCCGACUCGACAACAGACCAGAAACAGAACGGAUCGGCGCAUGCACAUAGCAACGCCAACGGCUAUGUAUCAUCAUCUACUACUGCAGCGUCCGAGAACGAAGAGAUCCCCCCGCUGCCGACGGUGAUUGCGCGCAUCCAUGCCCGUGUCCAAGCCUUCCUGGAGGAGUCACAUCCACCAGACUCCCUCCUCGCCUCGGUCCAGCAACAAACCCGCAUCUCACUCGACGUCGUCUCCAAGGCUCUCGCACAAUACAAGUUCUCCGAGCUCUCGGUCUCUUACAAUGGCGGCAAAGACUGUCUGGUCAUGCUCAUCCUCUUCCUGGCGGGUCUACACCCGCAUCUGAGUGCGACACAGUCCAACCAAACCAACACACAGUCCGACAAUGUCACCACCACUACUACCACCACCACCGGCACAAACGAAGAGAACUCCUCUAGCACCAUCUCCUCGAUCCCUGCCAUCUACGCCCUCCCACCAGACCCCUUCCUCGCCGUCGAAGACUUCGUCAUCACCUCCGCGCAAGCCUACCACCUCCAAAUCACAAAAUACACCACCGCCCCACCAACCACAACCCUCCGCUCCAGUUUCGAAGACUACCUCACCCGCCACCCAACCAUCCGCGCAAUCUUCGUCGGCACCCGCCGCACCGACCCGCACGGCGCGAAACUAAAACACUUCGACCGCACCGACCAGGGCUGGCCCGAUUUUAUGCGCGUGCACCCGGUUAUUGACUGGCAUUAUGCGGAGAUUUGGGCGUUCAUUCGCCAUUUGGAUUUGGCGUAUUGCUCGCUCUAUGAUAUGGGGUAUACGAGUUUGGGGGGUACGUCGGAUACGCAUCCGAAUCCGAAGUUGCGGAGGGCGAGCGAGGCUGGGGAUGGGAGUGCGGUUGAUGCUGAGGGGGACGGAGGGUAUUUGCCGGCUUAUGAGCUUACUCGGGAUUUGGAGGAGCGAUUGGGACGCAAUUGA